AUGGGAAAAAAAUUAUCAAAAUUAUUUGGAAAAAAAGAAAUGCGAAUUUUGAUGUUAGGAUUGGAUGCUGCCGGUAAAACUACAAUAUUAUAUAAAUUAAAACUUGGACAAUCAGUUACAACAAUACCAACAGUUGGUUUUAAUGUAGAAACUGUAACAUAUCGUAACAUAAAAUUUAGUGUUUGGGAUGUUGGUGGGCAAGAUAAAAUAAGACCACUUUGGAGACAUUAUUAUGCUGGAUCACAUGGUCUUGUCUUUGUAGUUGAUUCCGGAGAUAGAGAUAGAAUUGAUGAAGCAAGACAAGAACUUCAUCGUAUUAUAAAUGAUAGAGAAAUGAAAGAAGCUGUUAUUCUUGUUUUUGCUAAUAAACAAGAUACAAUUGAUGCUAUGAAACCAAAUGAAAUUCAAGACAAAUUAGGACUAACUAGACUAAGAGAUCGUAAUUGGUAUGUGCAACCAUGUUGUGCAAAUGCUUCUGAAGGCUUAUUUGAAGGUUUAACAUGGCUUUCAUCAAACUAUAAAGCUUAA